AUUUUCUUGUGGUGUUGUAGACAGUCAGAGAGAGUAUGAGUAUUUUGCAGCCCAAGAAGCCGCAUUUUCUGACAGAAAAGCCGCCAGCGGGCUAUAUUCCUGGAGUGGGGAGGGGGGCUACUGGGUUCAUGACGAGGUCCGAUAUUGGGGACGCGCGAGAGCCUACUGGUAUUACAGGGCGCGGCGGAAGUCGAUUUUAUGAGGGGAACGAUUUUGAGGACGAGGAGUCCGGACCUGGAGACGCGAUGCUCGAUGAGAAUGAUCAGAUUUUUGCUAGUGGAAGUUACGAUGCGGAGGAUGAAGAGGCGGACGCGUUUUGGAACGCGAUAGACCGCCACAUGGACACGCGGCGUCUUCGACAGAGGGAAAGGCGAGAGAAGGAGGAGCAGGCCAAGUUUUUGGCGAAGAAGCCCAAAAUUCAGACGAUUUUUGCGGAUGCGAAGAAGGCGCUCGCGAGCGUAUCGCAGGAGGAAUGGGAGGGAAUUACGGAGAUUGGGGACCGCAGUUUGAAAUACAAGCAGCAGAGACCCGAGAAGUUCACGCCCGCGCCCGAUUCACUGUUAGAGCAGGCCAGACGAGAGAACCAGAGGUCGACAGAUAUUGUUGCGUGGGAUUCCAUGGCGGGUUCACAGACUCCCGGGUAUGCGACGAAUUCGUCUACGACGCCGCUGUCCAAUUUGGAGGCAUUGGGAAAUGCGAGGAAGACUGUUUUGGGGUCGAAGCUGGAAAAUGCGCACAAGUCUGUGAUUAGCGGCCUAUCUAGUACAAUUGAGAGAGAGGGUUAUUUGUCGGCGCUGAGUAUUCAGACGCAAAACGCUGCGGUUGGAGACAUUGAAAAGGGGCGUUUGCUGUUAAAGAGCGCGACCGCAAACAACCCCACACACGCCCCGAGUUGGAUAGCGUUGGCUCGUUUGGAGGAGUCGGCUGGGCGCUUGAGCAAGGCGAGAAAGGUGAUUGAGCAGGGCUGUACGAACUGUCCGCUGAACAAGGAGGUGUGGCUAGAAGCGGGUCGAAUCAACACGCCGGAGGCGGCAAAAUCUAUUAUGGCGUGUGCGGUGCAGCACCUGCCGAAUGAGCCGGAUCUUUGGCUCGCGGCGGCGAACUUGGAGACGGAGCUCGAACGUCGAAAGCGCGUGUUCAAGAAGGCGCUGGAGCGAAUACCUACGUCGACGUUGCUGUGGAAGGAGGCAGUCGACUUAGAGGACACCGAGAACGCCAAGAUCAUGUUGAGCCACGCCGUGACAUGUGUGCCACAGUCGGCUCAAAUGUGGCUGGCGCUUGCGCGUCUAGAGGUGUAUGAGAACGCGAAAGUGAUUUUGAACAGCGCGCGAAAGGCUAUUCCUAAAGAAAAGAGUGUAUGGAUUGCGGCUGCGCAGUUGGAGGAGGCCAACGGAAACGAGAAGUCUGUGCAAAUGGUGAUUCACAAAGGGAUCAUUUCGCUAGAGAAGAACGGCGUUGUCAUUUCUCGCCAGGAAUGGCUCAAAGAGGCCGAGCGGUGCGAAGACGCCAAGAGUUUGGUGACUUGUCAAGCGAUCAUUUAUGAGACGAUAGGUCUAGGAAUUGAAGAGCAGGAUUGGAAAUCUGUGUGGAGAGAAGACGUCGAGAAACUUCUGCAGAGCGAUCAUAUUCAUUGCGCCAGAUCCGUUCUUACCCACGCAGCGACGACGUUUAAGACCAAGAAAUCAUUUUGGGCGGACUUGGCGUUGCUCGAGAAGAAGCACGGCCCCAAAGGAGCGAUGGUUGAGAUUUUGAUGAAGGCGGUCACUUACAUCCCUCGAGCCGAGUCCUUGUGGUUGAUGGCCGCGAAGGAAGAGUUCAGCAGCGGUCGGGUAGACGAAGCGAGGGAGAUCAUCAAGCGCGCCAACGAACAGAUCCCCCGGUCCGAGGAGGUUUGGCUCGCGGCGGCAAUGCUGGAGCAAGAAGACGAAGAGUACGAACGCGCGCGCCACAUACUUCGAAUCGCUCGAGAGCAAGCCAGCAGCGCCCGAAUUUGGAUGAAGUCUGCCAUGCUAGAAAGGCAACUGCACCAAUACGACAUGGAGAGGAAGCUUCUCGACGAGGCGCUGAAGAGAUAUCCAGACAAUCCGAAAUUGCGAAUGAUGUCUGGGCAAUGGUACGAGAGAAAACAAAGCAAUUCGGACCCGUCCGACAACGGCUCCGCACCGUCGGACUCGAACGACAAAGGAGAAAGCCGCGACGGUUCUGGUGGUGUUGAUCGUGCGCGCGAAGAAUAUCAAAAAGGAAUGCACCACUGUCCUUCUUCGAUUCCGCUUUUUCUGUGCGCUAUUCGGUACGAAGAAAAAUCCGACUUCAACCGAGCUCGCGCGCUCUGCGAUCGAGCCCGGCUUAAAUUUCCAAACUCUCCCGAAAUCUGGGUGGAGGCCAUUCGAAUCGAACGGCGCUCCGGUCACCUCAACGCGGCCCAGCUUAUGUGUUCUAAGGCGCUUCAACGAAUCACCACGUCGGGCAUCAUCUGGGCCGAGCAGAUCGACAUGGAGACGAAAUCCUCUAAACGUACCCGGUUCGCUGACGCCAUCAAGCAUUGCGACUCAGACGCGGUCCUGAUCGCCACCGGAGCGAAAAUAUUCUGGGAGUUCCGGAAGCUCCAAAGUGCUAGAGAAUGGUUCGAGCGAGCGGUCAAAGUCAACAGCGACUAUGGAGACGUUUGGGCGAUGUAUUAUAAAUUCGAAUCGCAGCAUGGAACGGCCGAACAGAAGGAGGGCGUGCUGAAGAGAUGCGUGGACGCGUCACCUCGAUAUGGUGAAAAAUGGCUUUCGGUCGCCAAAAAUCCAGACAAUUUUCACCUAAAGGUAGUUGACAUCCUAGAACGUGUCGCCUUACUUGUAUAACUGAAUCUGCUCUCUGUUUGGCUGCGAAUUUAAAAUCCACACGAGCGCUUUUAAAUUGGCGCUGCACUUCAAAAAAAUAAUAAACAAAAAUAGAAACGGUACAGCUUCUAUAUUGAAAAGCCAAUUUGGCAUCAUG